AUGGCAAGAAGACUGGGCAAGGAGAAGAACUCGGAGAAUCUUGCUGGUACGCAGGCAAGAUGUUGCUAUAUCUCCGGGAUCUCUGAAGGACAAUAUGGGUAUGGCAGGCAUAGCACAGUCAAGACCAGCAUGCGAUCCGGCAAAACCUCGGACAUGGUGUUUUUGGACGAAUUGAAACCAUCCGAUGUUCUUCAGAAAAACGCCAAGACUCGGACUGCUACCGCUACACCUCUGCAAAUCCUCUCCAGUCAAGGUCUGCAGGGACUAUGGAUGUUUGGAGAAACAAGGCAAGCAAUGGGCGUGCAUCUCCGGUCUACCAGCCAUGGGGGCCAUGGCUAUUGA